AUUGUUGGAUUUAAGGAGUUGAAAACAAUGCGAUUGAGUCUGGUGAAGGAGAAGGCCCGAUUGGUGGGAACGUGUGAGGAGUUGAAGGCCUACCUGACGAGCAUGUGGAAACGUCUUCAGAAACCGGUGGAAGAAUGUGAAGCCUUCCUUAAAAAGUGCGAGGCCUUCACGCCUCAGUCCCUUCAACUACUUCAGCUUGUGAUUGGCUAA